CUGUUCGUGCACUAGACUUCACAGAUCACAAUGAUAACGUUAGAAACAUUACUACAAAAUACCUGGGCACUUCUUUACCUGCUCUUCCAAAUCUGCACCCUGUGGCCAUGGGCUAUUAUAAAAUCGUUCUUGCCGAAAAACAAAAAAGACAUCAAUGGAGAGGUCAUGUUUAUCACUGGAGCUGGUAGUGGAAUUGGGCGUGGCAUGUCCAUUAAAUUCGCAGAGCUUGGUGCAACAGUUAUUUGUACUGAUAUUAAUGAGUCGAGCGCUAAAGAAACUGCUAGUUUAGUUAAAGCAAAAGGUGGUAAUGCAUACAGUUACAGACUGGACGUUACUGACCGCCAUAAAGUGUAUGAACUGGCUGAUAGAAUUCGAGAGGAGAUUGGUGAUGUUACCAUGUUGGUCAACAAUGCAGGAAUUGUGACAGGAAAGCAUUUUAUGAAGUGUCCAGAUGAGUUGAUGAUAAAAACAAUGGAAGUGAACACCAUUUCUCAUUUUUGGACAUUAAAAGCCUUCUUAGGACCAAUGAUAAAAAAGAAUCAUGGACACGUGAUUACUAUAUCAUCAGCAGCUGGACAUGCCGGAAGCCCUGCUUUGGUUGAUUACUCUGCGUCAAAGUUUGGUGCUGUUGGUUUGCAUGAGUCAAUCACUGCAGAGUUGCUUGUGGUAGCUGACAAAGUGAAAACAACCAACAUUUGUCCAUUUUUUAUCAAGACAGGAAUGUUCGGAGGAGUAGUAAGCGCAUCUCCGUACACUCUACCAUUGCUGGAGCCUGAAGAUGCUGUUAAUCAGAUAGUGGCAAGUGUGCUUAACGAUGAGUUGACUGUGUUUGUUCCUGGAAGGCUUAGGUUUGUGAUCGCCCUUAAAAACCUCUCUCCAGACAUGUUGAAGAAACCGAUUCUUGACUACUUGUGUUUGGAUGAUCAAAUGUCGAAUUUUAUUGGUCGCAAUCAAAAGAAAGACUAAACAUGCUACAAAUAUUUGGCGUAAUCUUUUUUUAUGGUUUUUAAUAGAAAACUGAUUUACGUAGAACUAUUUUUAGAGGCUUUAUAAAAUAUUUUUAGAAUUUAGAAUUUGGUUGAUUUUAGGAUUACAUUUCUCUUUUUUUUAGUUGGAAAAUGAUUUUAUUUUCAGCCAAUCAGCGUUUUUUCAGUAUUGCUUUCAGAUUUAUCUGAAAUAGUUUGUGUAAAAUCAUCUUUCCAGCCUUCUUUUUAUGCGUCUUUAUUUAUCCGAAUCGUCAAGCAUUGCGAUUUACAAAUGUUUUUAUAGAAAUUGUAGAGAAAAAUAUUUGUGUUAAACUUAAAAGCAAUACUUAGAUGUCCCUUCACAACAAGUAAUGGAUACAUAAGAUAGUCUAGGCUGGUCCUAGAAUUAUUCUCGCCACUUCAUCUGCUUGUUUUGAGGGAAGUUAGUAUACUUGAUAAACUAAAACAUAAAUCUUAA